UUUUAAGAGAACAAGCAGAGAUAGGCCGUUUAAGACACUCCCCCUGCCUGGGAGUGGUGCAGCUGGCUUUCAGCCCCGCCCACCAGGCUGUGAAGGAGGAGGAACACGGCGCUGCCCGAGCUGAUCCCUUCAAUCUUACCCACAGUGUGGAGCAGCCGGCAGCGCGCACACACACUCACUCACACACUCUCACACAGGCACACACACUCACAUUCACUCUCGCACACACACAAAGCGGGCAGACAAGGGAGGCAGAACGAGAGAAGAACAUCACAGAGAAAAACGGCGCCGUGCACUGCGCUCACAUCUGGAGUUUUCGGAUACUGCAGUCUGCCUGGAGUUUGUGCCGUCUCCUGUGUGGCUCGAGAUCCAAGUCCGCCGACUGUCUACAUUGCUGCUUUGUGCGUCAGACAGACAGGAACAAAGUGUGCAACUGGGAUAUCUGACAACCUCCUUUGGGAACUGACGCUGUGCCGACUGUCAGAGAGCAAGUGAGUAAAGAGAGAAAGAGAGAUAGAGAGACAAAGUCAGGGCAUGAGCAGGAGACCAGAAGCCGGCUUUCCAGAGAAGUGAUCGCCAGAGUGCCCCCCUCCUUUUCCCUCACCUCCCUCCUCCUUCCUCUCCUCUCUCCUGUGCUGCUCCUUCUCUGUUCGUGUACACCUCCGCUGCUAUCCCUCCGUUCUCCUUCCAUCACCUCUUACUCUCCUUCCUCGGAAGACUGCGUGAGAGGAGAGGCACGGCACAGACGCGCGCCGGUGUCCGUAUAGUCCCAUUCUCUCUCUCUCUCCAUUCUCCUUUGGCACCAUCCCUCACACGGAUCUAGCCUCCAGCUGCUGAACCAGGAGGAGAGGCUUUUUGAGUUGUUGGAUCCCACGCGAGUCUCCGUAUCCAGCUACAGCCAGAAAGAUUCCAGCUACAUGGGCAAACGCUUGGAACAGCAACCAAUGUACCCCCAGUACACUUACUAUUACCCCCACUACCUUCAGACUAAGCAGUCAUAUGCCCCGCCCCCUCCACCCAUGGCUCCGCCCAGCCCCAGCACCAACAGCAGCAGCCACCACCACAGUGCGGCGGAGCAGCUGAGUAAAACCAACCUGUACAUCCGGGGCCUUCCACCCGGGACCACCGACCAGGAACUCAUCAAACUCUGCCAACCGUAUGGAAAAAUAGUGUCGACAAAGGCAAUCCUGGACAAAAACACCAACCAGUGCAAAGGAUAUGGCUUUGUGGAUUUCGACAGUCCGGCGGCCGCGCAGAAAGCUGUAGCGUCCCUGAAGGCCAGUGGUGUGCAGGCACAGAUGGCAAAGCAACAAGAGCAAGACCCCACAAACUUGUACAUCUCUAACCUCCCGGUUUCAAUGGAUGAACAAGAGUUGGAGAACAUGCUGAAGCCUUUCGGACAUGUCAUCUCCACACGGAUACUCCGAGAUGCCAACGGGGUCAGCCGAGGGGUCGGCUUCGCCAGGAUGGAGUCCACCGAAAAAUGUGAUGUGGUGAUUCAGCAUUUCAAUGGAAAAUUCAUAAAAACCCCACCAGGAGUACCAGCCCCGACAGAGCCGCUGCUGUGUAAGUUUGCAGACGGGGGACAGAAGAAGCGGCAGAGCCAGAGCAAGUACCCUCAAAAUGGCCGACUGUGGUCGCGGGAAGGAGAGAGUGGCAUGACACUGACCUAUGACCCCGCUGCAAUGCAAAAUGGAUUCUAUUCCUCACCGUACAGCAUCUCCACAAACCGCAUGAUCGCCCAGACGUCAAUCACUCCAUUCAUAGCAGCCUCUCCCGUCUCCACAUAUCAGGUCCAGAGUACGUCGUGGAUGCCUCACCAACAGUAUGUUAUGCAACCUACGGGUGCUGUGAUCACGCCAACCAUGGACCACACCAUUUCCAUGCAGCCAACUAACAUGAUGGGUCCCCUCACCCAACAGAUGAACCAUCUGUCCAUGGGUACCACUGGAACUUACAUGACUGCGGCUGCUGCUCCUAUGCAGGGGACUUAUAUUCCCCAGUACACUCCGGUGCCUGCCUCAGCUGUCUCGGUGGAGGGUGUGGUGACGGAGGCUUCUCCACAGAGCGUUCCACCCUCGUCACAGGACGCAAACGGUCAGCAACAGCCCCUGGGUGUGGACAACACCAGCGAUCACGCGCCCACCUACUCUUUUCAGCCCGCUAAAUAACCAGAGGAGGAAGGGGGCGUUGAGGUGACUGUGUUGCCUUGAGACUGGGGGACUGCGACGAGGGAGCAUUGAAGACGUAACGCAAGAGAUAGGAAAACACGUUUGUGUCUACUUUUGCACAAGCAUCAAAACAAAAAACAAACAAUUUAUUUAACAUCGGGCCCACAUUGGAGGACCUUUUGAAGAAUCACAUCCAGACCUUCAACGAGAAAAAUGCAGUGUGGGAGUUCGAGCUACCCGAAUAAACUUUAUCUUCAUGAAGUGAUGAAUUCAAACAAGUACAAGUUUUCCUAUUUUUUAUUUUUAUUUUUUUUGAAUGUGCAGGUAGGUUUCAGAAACAGUGGGUUUUUCGAUUAGACGAGGAAGCACGUUCUUGUCAAACAGUGAGAGAUGGAGCUAAAGAAGUCUUCCUCGGAUUCUAAGCUAUUGUUACUUUUCUUUUUUUAUGAGUUAGAUUUUAGUUUUCUAGAGAAUAUCAAUGUUUUUCAUCUUUGUUGCCUUAAUUUCGAGAACAUUUAAGACUUUCCUGUUUGAAUUGAACAGACUGACCAAUGCAGUGAAAAUAACGAAAAGGAAAAUUAUGUGUAUAGAGACUAGAGAGAGAGUGAGUGAGAAAAAAAGGUCUACUGGAGACGUUUUAAAUUAUCAGUGGUGACUUUGUGUUUAAAAGAGAAGACAGACAAAAUAUUGUGGUGGUGAUGAUGAUAAUGAUGAAGAUUAAAGAGAGUUGCAUUUUUUUUAGAAACAGAGGAAAAAAUGUUAAUCCACUGCAUCAAGAGAAAUGCAGUUUAUUGUGUAGUGCAGAUCAUUUUUAAUGGCAUUAUUGUUUUUAUCUGCAAUAUUUUUUAUGAGCUUCAAGGUGUUUUUAGCCUGCUUUGCUUGUUUCAUUGCGGAAAAAGAACCUAAACAGUCAAAAAAAAAAAAAAAAAAAAAUGGCAGUGCAAAUCUAAAUAGAUAAGAGCUUAUGGAUUAAAUCAAAACAAAAAAAGCAAAUGUGUGCAAAAAGCAAUAGAAAUAGGAAAUUGUUGACAAUUUCUUUAGUCUUUCUUAGCUGUGGAUCAAAUGCAGCCCAUGGAUGGCAUAUUUUAUACCAAAGAUGAAGACCCCCCCUCAAGACAGUGGAGUGGAUUGAUUUUCAUUUUCGUUUUUCUAUUUGAUAUUUUUUGGUGUUUUAAUAAUUAUGUUUCGUGUAUCCGUUUGACCUUGACGGCCAAAUUGGUACUUCAAAGGUUUAAACCUUCCACUGUUGCAGAAUCUCUGUCAUUUGUCUGCAAAGCCACCAUCACAGAUUUUGCAUGAGUGUGAUCUUACCACCAGAGGGCGCCAGAAGGUGACUGAACCAUAAUUUGUUGUUUUCUAGCCUCUGGCCAGCUGAAUGACCGAUACCUCUCUAUCACUGCACCUUGUCAGCCCUUGACCUAAGGUCAGACGCUGUAAAACACAUCACACAUCCAUUGGCUUUCUUACAAAGAAGGCUGUUUUCAUCAUUUAAACUCAACAGGAAGGAAUCAAAACGCUCACUAGAGUGUAUUAAGCUCAGAUCACUACCUCAUCGAAAGCAAUUUCACCAUGAGGAAACACAGGAAUAUAGUGGGUCAUGAAACAGCUCGGCUUCAGGGCCACUGAGAUAAAUGAGCAAAAUUAGCAUCCGUUUAGUCCGUUUGACAAAUGUUGCUAAACAAGCAAGCACCCUCCCGGUUCUCCACUGUGGACAUAUUUGUGGUCUUAUCGAUUGAACGCCUCAUGUCAUAUGCAAGGUUUCUUUAGUCAAUGGAAAAUCCUCAUUACUUGGAAAAGCAAAGUUGUCCUUAUCAGCGUGAUAUUGGGUGGAUGCUCAGGUUAGAAAUAUGUCAUGAACUCCAUGUGCUUUGAUUUAUCAGGCUUUCCAUUCCAGAGGGGGGAACUUACAACACAAGAGUAGAUAGAGCUGAACAUCUCGUUUUUUUUUGUUUUUUAAAUAAAAAAAGGCUGCUGACUAUUUACCAUGGUAAUUUGAUGCAAUCUGACUCUAUUACAUAGACUGCCUUUAUGUUUCUACACCUCGUAGUUUUACAGUCCAGGUAAUUUUAAUUUUCAAGGUGCUCUGGGAAUAAUUCAUCAGCUGUCGUUAGGAAGAAAGCAGCUGUACUUGGAAUAGUUUUUUCUGGGAAUUCUAAGAAGGAACAACUGCAUCUAUAAGGUCGAAUUGUGAGUCCUACACAACAAACAAUGAAGAUCAUUUUGAUUUAUGUAUGUGCUUGUCAUCGUGGUCCAUUCUAACAUAAUCCUUACUGUGUUUACUAAGAGUCAAGUCGCUUUGAUCUUUUCCCAGAAUUCCUGCAAAAGGAACUCUACAGUUCACCAAUUAACCACCAGGGGACAGUAUUCAAGCAAAUUUGGUGACUAUCCACCGUAUUUAUUGACGGCACUGUGGAUUCAAUCGAUGUAAGAGCGAAGCAACAGAAGUGUUUUGAUAACCGUGAGGACCAAGACAGUACUGCUUCAGAAAGGAAAACAAGCUAGCUUUUAUUUUUCAGUUCUUGAAAGAAAAACAUUUCAGAGAAAAAGAUAAAAAAGUCAUUGUGUUUUGUGUCUGUUAUCUACUGUCUGUUUGGAGAGUUAUUUUUAUCAUGUGCUCGCUGCUAUCAAGCAUUCAGUAUUUUUAAGAGACAGGGCCCCCGGGGACGGAUAGGUGAGAAGUACGCAUGAAGUUCACCAUGCAUUCAGCAGCCUUUAUGCUUAUAACGUGAAUUAAUGUGUGAGAUUAUAAGCUGGUGGUUUCCUUUAAACUUUAGGACGGAGUUCUCAUCUCAAUUGUAAGCUAAAAAAAUCAUCUUUUCACCCGAAGGUCUUUCGCUAGCUGACUUUGUGCAUCAUUCUGUUUCACAUUGGAUGUGAGUUCAUGCUUUGUUUAUCUGGACAUUUGAUUGGCUGUCACGGUUGAGGUCUUUGAAUGAAGAAUGCUCAUUGGACUGUCAAGACUUUCGACGAAAGAUCGUGGAAUAACGUUCAACCAAAUUUACCAGAAACAACAAAACCUCAAUUAGAGACUUACUGGCGGAUGAAAUAGAGAAAUAUUUAUGGAUUUGUUUUCUGUACAGGUGUUGCCGAAAUAUGAAAGCCGAACGGUUUUCCGAUGAUUUCUUGAGUUGCUUCACUUUUUUGCCUCCCAUGUGCUCGAGCUGUGAUCCUGAGAGCGUCUGUAGACCAGUGGAUGUUAGGUUUAAACUUCUGUUUAUUAAUUUUUCUUUUGAUGAAGCUUUCAAUAAAAAAAAUUACAAAAUCA